GGGAAUCGCGAGUGUCCGGCUGACUCCCAUGACUGCUGGAAGAUCCCUAACUGCGCUCGGCCUGUGCCUGGCAGCCCUCCUGUGCCUGCAGGCGGCUGAGCAGAGCUACUACGACAACAGCAUGUUCGACAUGCUGGAGUUCAUGCGCCGCGGACAGGCGCAGCUGGACCUGGAGGCACUCGACAACGGCCACAAGCUGCUGCCCAAGUACGACUUCAUUGUGGUGGGCGCCGGCACUGCGGGCUGUGCCCUGGCCGCCCGCCUCUCCGAGAAUCCCAAGUGGAAGGUGCUGCUGCUGGAGGCCGGCGGUGCCGAGAGCUACGCCAUGGACAUACCCAUCGCGGCGCACUUCCUGCAGCUGGGCGAGAUGAACUGGAAGUACCGCACGGAGCCGUCCGCCAGCUACUGCCUGGCCAUGAACAACAAUCGCUGCAACUGGCCGCGCGGCAAGGUGAUGGGCGGCAGCUCCGUGCUCAACUACAUGAUGUACACGCGGGGCAGCAGGCGGGACUACGACCGCUGGGCGCAGCUGGGCAAUCCCGGCUGGGGCUACGAGGACUUGCUGCCGUAUUUCCGGAAGUACGAGGCCUCGCACAUACCGGACGCAGACACGGGCCCCACGCGGCCCGGCCGCCAGGGCCCCGUCAAGAUCAGCUACACGGAGCCGCGCACCCGCAUCGCCGACGCCUUUGUGGCUGCCUCCGAGCAGGCGGGCCUGCCGCGCGGCGACUACAACGGAGAGACGCAGCUGCGCGUCUCCUACCUGCAGGCGAACGUCUACAACGAGACGCGCUGGAGCUCCAACCGCGCCUACCUCUACCCCCUCAAGGGCAGGCGCUCCAAUCUGCACGUGAAGAAGAACGCGCUGGUGACCAAGGUGCUGAUCGAUCCGCAAACGAAGACGGCCUACGGCGUCGUGGUGCAGACGGAGGGCCGUGUCCAGAAGGUGCUCGCCCGUCGGGAGGUGAUCGUCUCCGCGGGCGCCAUCAACACGCCCCAGCUGCUGAUGCUGUCGGGCGUGGGGCCGGCCAAGCACCUGCGGGAGGUGGGCAUCAAGCCGAUCGCAGACCUGGCGGUGGGCUUCAACCUGCAGGACCACAUAGCGCCGGCGGUGAGCAUUCUGUGCAAUGCCAGCUCGCUGCAGAUCCAGGAGAUGUUCAGCGUCCAGGCGCUGGGGGACCUGUUUCGGGGUCGGGGGCCGCUGCGCACGCCCGGCGGUGUGGAGGCCAUUUCGUUCUACGCGCUGGAUGAUCCGCAGAACCCGCAGGGCUGGGCGGACAUGGAGAUCUUUGUGGUGGGCGGCGGGCUGCAGACGAACGUGGCCCUGCGCCUGGCAUUGGGCCUGAGGGCCGAUCUCUACGAGGACAUGUUCGGCGAUCUGGAGCGCAGCAACGCCAACGGCUUCCUCAUCUUUCCCAUGAUCCUGCGCGCCAAGAGCCGCGGGCGCAUCAAGCUGCGCAGCCGCAGCGCCCAGGAGCACCCGCGAAUCUACGCCAAUUACCUCUCGCAUCCCUACGACCUCAACAUCACGGUGCGCGGCAUCGAGCAGGCUGUCCGGCUGCUGGAGCAGCCCGCCUUCCGCGCCAUCGGUGCCCGGCUGCUGGAGAAGCGUCUGCCCGGCUGCAGCCACCUGGCGUGGCGCAGCAGCGACUACUGGGCCUGCCACGCCCGCCACUUCACCUUCACCAUCUACCACUACUCGGGCACCGCCAAGAUGGGUCCGCGCUCCGAUCCAGCGGCCGUCGUCGACGCCCGCCUGCGGGUCCAUGGCAUUCGCAAUCUGCGCGUGGCCGAUGCCAGCAUCAUGCCCCAUCUGAUAUCGGGACAUCCCAACGGGCCCGUCUACUUGAUAGCCGAAAAGGCUGCCGACAUGAUCAAGCAGGAUUAUAAUUAUAUUUAGAAGGGAACAGGGCAGUGGACUUUGUC